AUGGCGCGCCGCUCUUCACGUCUCGCCCAGGCCGCGACGCAACCCGCAGGCCCUUCCAUCACCAAGCCGCGGCCGUCUAGCACAGGAUGUCUCACAGAAGCAUCGAAGGCCUCCUCAUCCACGCCAUCCAAGGCGUCAUCGGCCAAGGCAUCGGCCAAGGCAUCGGCCAAGGCAGCCCCCGACACCACCCCCCAAAGCGUCGUCGCCGCAGCCGCAGCCGCAGCCGCUGACCUCCCGACCCUCCCCUUCGCCGACGCCCCGUCAUUCCGGCGCCACGUGCUCCGUGCCGGUCCCCGCGCGCCCGGCCUCUGGCUGCAAAUUGCCAAGAAGGGCACCGGCAUCCCCAGCGUCACCUACGCCGAGGCCGUCGACGAGGCGCUCUGCUGCGGCUGGAUCGACGGCCAGCGACGCCGCUGCCCGGACGACUCGCGGUCUUUCUUCCUGCAGCGCUUCACGCCGCGCCGGCCGCGCACCUCGGCCUGGUCCCGGCGCAACGUGGACCGGGUGGCCGCGCUGGAGGCGGCGGGGAGGAUGACGGAGGCGGGACGCGCGGAGGUGGAGGCGGCGCGGGCGGACGGUCGCUGGGAGCGCGCGUACGAGGGGUCGGCGCGGAUGGAGACGCCGGAGGAGCUGCGGGCGCUGCUGGAGGCGAGGCCGCGGGCGGAGAGGGCGUUUGAGGCGCUGGGGAGGACGGGGAGGUAUGGGUACUUGCAUCGCCUAAGGAUGGUGAAGACGGAGGCGACGAGGAUGAGGAAGAUGGUUGAGUUGGUGGACAUGUUGGACAGGGGGGAGAGUUUGUAG